AUGAAAUGGGUGGAGAAGUUAUUUUAUAGAAUCCCGAUUUCCGUGUUACGCGAUGAUGUGAAGUACGAUUCAUUCGUUAUAAGCAGUAACGAAGAUCUGCAAGUUCUGUUCCAUUGUCGUCUUCAGUUUUCCGAGGUGAGAACCCCAGAGCUAUUAGCGAAGCUUGUGGAUGUGGUAUCUAGUUUUGGAGGUUCAAACCGGAAUCCUCAAUAUUCAAGACAUCCAGCCUGCUCUAAUUCCAUGCCUGUUGGUGCCUCGUCAGCUGUGCCAGUGAUUGUACCUGAGGCUAUUUUAGUUGCUUCUCCAUCCUUUGCAGCUAAUCUGAACCGCAGUGGUGACGCAGGAGUUGGUGAGACUAGACAAUUGGGGGAGGUUGCGAUUGCAAUGCCCAGUACUCCUAUUAUGGUCCCUAUUUUCGGAGAGGGUGGAGUACCGGAUGGGAUUGAGGAUGCACUACAUGAUGAUGAUGAUGAUGAUGAUGAUGAUGUGGAGUCUGCCACAAUAGCUGAUGAUAGUGACGAUGACAUACCACAGACCACUGCAGUUUUUCAGGAUAAAGAGGAGGUCGUGUUAAGUGUAAAGACUUAUAGCAUCCGUCGUGGGGUUGAAUACAAGGUGUUGGAGUCUGACCAUCGCAAGUACUAUGGCAAGUGGAAGGAGUUCGGCAACGGUUGCACAUGGCUCAUUCGGGUUAGCCUUCGCCAGCACAGAGGUAUUUGGAAGGUAAAACGGUACAAUGUUCCUCACACUUGCCUAGCCACAUCGAUAUUUAGUAAUCAUAGGAUGCUUUAUUAUCAUGUCAUAUCGGCCUUCAUAUUGCCUAUGAUUAUAGCUGAUGCUGCUGUCUCGAACAAGAUUACAAUGUCAGUUAGUGUCACGGUUUUGAGGAUGAAUCCUGUGCAGUUUGGUGGGCAAGUGGAUGAGUCUUCAGCUUAUUUCCAUUAA